CUCCACUACUCCGUACCUAGUACACCGUACGCACGGGGCCCGCCGUGAUCGUGUCACUCCGCUGGUUCUUUCGCGGGUUGGCGACGACACCGAAAGCAGCUACCCGAAGCGAUGCAAAUAAUUCUCCAUCGGCCAGCCUCGCAGGCGCGAUCUCCAGGAGGCGUCUGGAAUGCCGGCUGCAGAGGCGUAUUAUUUGCACUCAGUCAUCCCAAGCAGCAGGGGUUGCGGAGCUUCCAUGUCUGUCUGGAGCGCUCAGACGAUCGCGUCCAAGCAACUCGGAGAUCGAGGGCCUGGUCGUUGCGCUGCAGCGGUGACGGACGACAGACGAACGACGGCAGUGCAGAUGCUGGCAUUGCUGGCCCUCCCACUUCUCAAUCAGCGCCAGCGUGAACGCCAACCUCGUCUCCAGACAUCAGCAAUGCCCUGGCCCUGCUGCUGCUGCUGCUGCGUCUCCCUCUCCACAUCCUCAGCACAGUCCACUCCUGUCACCAACGCACCCAUGCCGCGCCAAAUUCCCUACCCUGCCCUGCCCAGCCUGCCCUCUUCCUUGUUGCUUUCAUCCUGUCCAGUCUUGUGCCUUCAGCCUAUCCGGCCUCCCCUCCCCUUCAGUGCAGUGCUCUUGCUCGGCCCAUCUGCUCCCAGAGUCCCAUCCCAUCUCCUGCUCUGCUCGCCGACGGCAAGCCUGUGCCCCCCGUCCCAGCGCCAUCUGCCUGCCCUGCCUGUCAGUUCGGAGAUGCCUAUCUGCUGGCCCAGUCGUGGUGGCGUUGCUGAGAUAGCUUUAAAGAGUUCCUGCCUGCCAUCUGCCCCUACCUGCGGGUCCAUAAGUGCGACUUGGGAAGGGGGUAUCAAGUCGUACUGUAUUGUCCGAGCUUACUCUCGCACACCUGGCACAUACCUGGGACUACCCUCUGAACUGUUCGCCUCCGGCACUUUCAAGUCUGCUGGGUUUGGUCCGUCUAUCAAGCAGCAGCAAGCUCCCAGCUCCCAGCUUCGAAGCGUUGACACUUGACACCUAAGAGACCUGUGCCUGUGCUGGUGCGUUGUGCAGGACGUCGCUACACCUGGCCUCUCGCCGAGGCCUUGUACCUUUCAUUUCCAUCUCGCGGGGCAGAUCUUGUGCCCUCAGGAUCGAGGAGGCGCCAAUAACCCAGCA